GUAUGGAUAAGUGUAGAUUUAUUUCAUUAUUGUUCGAUUUUAUAAUCCAAUAUUUGAUCUUCCGGUGACCCCUUUCACUUCAGUUUCUCACGGGGUCGACAUAAAAUCAGGAAAACAAGCAAAAAGGAAAUAAACCCUAAAUUCUCAUUCACUCACUCGGUUACUAUUAAGUAAGAAUCUGAAAAACCCUAGAACAAUUAACCUUUCUGAAUUUAUCUGGUUCCAAUUUGUUUUCAAACUUGUCGGAUAAUGGCGAACUCCGAUCCCGAAGGGGUUGACGGCGUUCGGAUGACAUGGAACGUGUGGCCCCGCACCAAGCUUGAAGCCAGCAAGUGCGUCAUUCCCUUGGCCGCUUCCAUCGCACCGAUCCCCCCUCACUCGGACAUUCCUACUCUCCCUUACGCUCCUCUCCGCUGCCGGACAUGUUCCGCCGCCCUCAACGCCUAUUCGCGCGUUGAUUUCCUCGCCAAGAUCUGGAUCUGUCCGUUUUGUUACCAGCGCAACCAAUUUCCGCCGCAUUAUGCCAUGAUCUCCGAAACGAACCUGCCUUGCGAACUCUACCCGCAAUAUACCACCGUGCAAUACACGCUUCAAACGAAUCCCGACCCCAACAACCCUUCCAAUGCUCCUCAAUUGCAACCGGUUUUUGUUUUUGUGUUAGACACUUGUAUGAUCGAGGAAGAGCUAGUGUUUGCUAAAUCGGCGUUGAAACAGGCUAUUGGAUUGUUGCCGGAACAAGCUCUUGUCGGUUUCGUAUCUUUCGGGACUCAAGCACAUGUCCAUGAAUUGGGGUUCACGGAAAUGUCGAAGGUCUAUGUUUUCAAGGGGAGUAAGGAGAUUUCCAAGGAGCAGGUUUUGGAGCAAUUAGGCCUCCCUGCUGCUGGGCGGCGGUCAACGGCUGGAUAUCCGAAAGGACUUCAAAAUGGAUUUACGAAUACAGUUGUUAACCGGUUUUUAUUGCCCGCUUCUGAUUGUGAAUUCACGCUCAAUUCACUCUUGGAUGAGUUGCAAACGGAUCAAUGGCCCGUACAAGCGGGACACAGGGCGUCUAGGUGCACUGGAGUGGCCUUAAGUGUUGCAGCAGGAUUGCUUGGGGCCUGCUUGCCUGGUACUGGUGCUAGGAUUAUUGCUUUGGUUGGUGGGCCAUGUACUGAAGGGCCAGGCACGAUUGUAUCCAAAGAUUUGUCAGAACCUGUACGUUCACAUAAAGAUCUUUUUAAGGAUGCUGCACCAUAUUUUAAGAAAGCAGUCAAAUUUUAUGAUAGUCUUGCAAAACAACUGGUCGACCAGGGUCAUGUUCUUGACCUUUUUGCAUCUGCACUUGAUCAGGUUGGAGUUGCUGAAAUGAAAGUUGCAAUUGAAAGGACAGGUGGACUUGUUGUUCUAGCUGAAAGUUUUGGUCAUUCUGUAUUCAAAGACUCUUUCAAGCUUGUCUUUGAAGAUGGGGAACAGUCUCUUGGCCUAUGUUUUAAUGGCAUGCUUGAGAUAAGUUGUUCAAAAGAGAUCAAGGUUCAGGGAAUCAUUGGACCUUGCACAUCAUUGGAGAAGAAAGGACCUAAUGUUUCUGACAUGGUCAUUGGGGAGGGUAACACUACAACAUGGAAAAUGUGUGGCCUUGACAAGAGUACUUGCUUGACAGUUAUAUUUGAUCUUUCAUCAACUGAUCAAUCAAAUGUUCCAGAAACUGUGAAUCCACAGUUCUAUUUGCAGUUUCUAACAAGUUAUCAAGACCCUGAAGGUAAAACACUUAUUCGAGUUACCACUGUGACAAGACAAUGGGUAGACAUUUCUGUUAGUACUGAGGAAUUAAUACACGGUUUUGAUCAAGAGACUGCAGCUGUUGUGAUGGCACGAAUAACUUCCCUGAAAAUGGAGACAGAGGAGGGGUUUGAUGCUACAAGGUGGUUAGAUCGGAAUCUCAUUCGAUUUUGUUCCAAAUUUGGCAACUACCGGGAGAACGAUCCAUCAUCUUUUUCAUUAAACCCUUGCUUUUCUUUGUUUCCUCAAUUUAUUUUCAAUCUACGGCGGUCACAAUUUGUACAGGUUUUUAACAACAGUCCUGAUGAAACUGCAUAUUUUCGCGUGUUAUUAAACAAGGAAAAUAUUACUAAUGCAGCUGUUAUGGUUCAACCAUCAUUAAUAUCAUAUUCGUUCAACUCACCACCCCAGCCAGCAUUAUUGGAUGUGGCUUCGAUUUCUGCUGAUCAUAUUCUCUUGCUGGAUUCAUAUUUCAGUAUUGUUGUUUUCCAUGGUAUGACAAUAGCACAGUGGCGCAACAUGGGUUACCAGAAUCAACCUGAACAUCAGGCAUUUGCACUUCUUUUGGAAGCACCCCAGGUUGAUGCCCAAAUUAUUAUUCGGGACCGCUUUCCUGUCCCCAGAUUGGUUGUAUGUGAUCAGCAUGGAUCCCAGGCAAGAUUUUUAUUGGCAAAGUUGAACCCAUCAGCCACAUACAAUAAUGCCACCGACAUAGCUCCAGGAUCAGAUAUUAUCUUUACAGAUGAUGUAAGCUUACAAGUCUUCUGUGAGCAUCUUCAGAGAUUGGCUGUGCAAUCUUGAUUGUAGAAGCUAGUCCAAAGGCUUGGGUUUUCAGAAUGGGAAAUUCCCUCGUUUUGAGUUAUAUGUUCUCUCUCACAUCCUCAGUCUGAUUCGGUUCUUUUCCUUUCUUUCCUUUCUUUCCAUCAAAAUCUCAUGAAGCAGAUUUGAAAAAGAAAAAAAGAAAAAUAAGAAUAGCUCCAUAUCAUUCUUUGGGGCUGCGGGGAAUGUAUUUGCUUUCAUGAACAGAUACGACAAUGGACCCAACAAAGAGGUAAGUCGAGUCUAGUUUUUCGACAAUUUUAGGGAAAGUAAGGUAUGGUUGAGGAUGUAAUUUUGAGGAUCCCUGUUUCAGUACCAGCAAUGUCAAUUAGGGUUCUUUUGUAGCGUGUACUGAAUUUCAGGUCAUAUAUACACUGGUUAGGGUUAAGACUCCAUUUUUAGGUUUUGAGGUUGAGACCUUAGUUAACGUUUGGUCGUUUUGUUUGUUUAUAUAAAUAUACAUAUACGUAUAUAAAUUCGUUUCAUCCCAUACUUCCAAAA